GGUGGCAGAGGCAAACAAACAACAAUUUUAUUAAUUUGCUAGCGCCACCCUGCUGCAGCACAUUAUGAAUAUGUGAUGUGGCUUGACAUGUGUCUUCAUUCACAAGAGCCAACGCUUUGAAUUAUAUGCACCAUGUCGGGUCUUCUUCGCGUGCUGUUAAAUGCUAGUUCAACGUCACAGGUUUUUCGUCAAUGUUAUCAAAGAGGAAUAAAUUAUGGAACAAGAUCACUACAUAAUGCAGCUGCUCAACAAAGAGAGCCAGAUGAAAAAACAUUUGACAAGAUACUUAUUGCUAAUCGUGGAGAGAUAGCAUGCAGGGUAAUGCAAACUUGUAAGAAGAUGGGAAUAUCAACCGUUGCAGUUUACAGCGAAGCAGACAAAAAUUCUGUUCAUGCUCACAUGGCAGAUGAAGCAUAUUGUGUUGGUCCACCACCUUCUAAUUUAAGUUAUUUGGAUAUGAAUAAAAUAUUAGAUGUCAUUAACCAAUCUGGUGCUCAAGCGGUACAUCCAGGUUACGGUUUCCUUUCAGAAAAUAGAGUUUUUGCUGAAAAGUUGGCUGAAAAGAAUGUUGCCUUCAUAGGACCUGGAACUCAUGCAAUCAAAGUAAUGGGAGAUAAAAUUGAGUCUAAGUUAGUUGCAAAAAAUGCUGGAGUGAACACAAUACCAGGUUUCGAUGGAGUUGUUGAAACACCUGAAGAAGCUGUCAAAAUCGCUAAUGAAAUAGGUUAUCCUGUAAUGAUCAAGGCAUCAGCUGGAGGUGGAGGGAAAGGAAUGAGGAUUGCUUGGAAUGAUCAAGAAACAAUUGAAGGAUUUCGAUUCUCAUCACAAGAAGCUGCAUCUAGUUUUGGAGAUGAUAGAUUAUUGAUUGAAAAAUAUAUUGACAAUCCAAGACACAUAGAAGUGCAGGUUCUAGCAGACAGUUAUGGCAAUACACUAUGGUUAAAUGAAAGAGAAUGCUCAAUACAACGUAGAAAUCAAAAAGUUGUAGAAGAAGCUCCAUCAACAUUUCUUGAUCAAGAUACUCGAAAAAAAAUGGGAGAACAAGCUGUCUCACUUGCUGCAGCAGUGAAAUAUCAAAGUGCCGGUACAGUGGAAUUUUUAGUUGACUCCCAGAAAAAUUUCUAUUUUCUUGAAAUGAAUACAAGACUUCAAGUUGAACAUCCAGUUACAGAAUUAAUAACAGGACUUGAUCUUGUGCAUGAAAUGAUUAGAGUUGCUGCUGGUCAUCCACUCUCGAUUCAACAAAAAGAUGUCAGAAUAAAUGGAUGGGCUAUCGAAUGCAGAGUAUAUGCAGAGGAUCCUUACAAAUCAUUUGGUUUACCUUCAAUUGGAAGAUUGAGCAGAUAUUGCGAACCAACAGAUAUUCCUGGAGUAAGAUGUGAUAGCGGUAUUAAAGAAGGAAGUGAAAUCAGUAUAUAUUAUGAUCCGAUGAUUUCUAAGCUUAUAAGCUAUGGAAAAACAAGAGAGGAAGCUUUAUCAAUUAUGUGUAAUGCGUUAGAUAAUUAUGUCAUCAGAGGUGUAACUCACAAUGUUCCUUUAUGUCAUGAAGUUUUAAGGCAUCCAAGAUUUGUGUCGGGUGACAUCAGCACUAAUUUUCUUUCUGAAGUAUACCCUGAUGGUUUUAAGGGUAAAACUUUAUCUACUAAAGAACAAAAUGAACUAAAAGCAAUUGCUUGUGCGUUCUAUGCGUGGCAAGAAGAUUAUGCCAGACAAUACCUCAAUCAAAACAGAUUACCAGUUUUAGGAAAAGAAAUAUCAUGUUGGAAUGUUGAAGUCGAAUUAGAAAAUGAUUUUUCAGAUGCUGUUGUAACAAGAAAGGAUAACACAUAUGAAAUUUCAACGAUUGAUGGAGAUAUCGCUCUUUCAGCAGAUUGGUCAUUAACUGAUCCUGUUCAAUCUGUAUCAGUAAAUGGAGGAAAACCUGUAUCAGUACAAUGCAUUAAAUCUGAUGCCAAUGGAGAAUUUUCAAUCCAAUAUCAGGGUACACUGUUCACACUGAAAGUUUUAUGUGAAACUGCUGCAAAUUUACGUGAAUUUAUGCCUGAAAAAAUACAAGAAGAUGAAACAUCGAUGUUGAGAUCUCCAAUGCCAGGAACCGUCCUCUCAGUUAAUUGCAAAGCAGGAGAUGAAGUAGCAGCAGGUCAAGAAGUUUGUGUUGUCGAAGCGAUGAAAAUGCAAAAUAGUUUAACAUCAGCAUGUGAUGGACGAAUUAGACGCGUUUGCUGUGAACCUGGCGAUAGCAUUGGCGAGGGAGAUUUAAUUAUCGAAUUAGAGUGAUGUUGACAAAAAAAUCCCUAAUUUAUUACAUAGUUGAUAUCUUGCCAAACUAUAAUUCAGUACAAGUUGCUGUGUUAGUAGUAGCAUACUAUACCAAGUUCCGAGACAUCUUCUCUAACUUCUUCUCCUCACUGUUAAAACUGUCUGAUAAAAUUCCGUACUACAUCUUUUUUCUUGCUAAUCUCUGAUCAUGUUCUUGAAAAAUAUCGACUUGAACACUUUCAUCUUAUAAUUGUGCUCUGGGAUGUUUGGCACCGAGAAGUGCUUAUAUUUUCUGUGUUAAAUCGCUUGUAGUGUCAUCUGUUCUUCUUACCAUAGAAAAAGUACACCUUUAUUAUAUAUAUACAUUUUA